CAUAAAACUAUUAAAUAGGUAAAAUAUUUAAUGGACAAGUGGAAAGGUUGAAAUAGAAAGAAAUAAUUUAUAAAUAAAGUUUUUGUUUUAAUUAUUUCAAUAUGAAUUGUGGUGUAAAAUUUCCUAACCUUGCUUACCAAAACAAAUCUCAUCCUCUACUAAUUGCCUUCGGAAAUCCCAUACUAGAUGUAACUAUUAAAAUUAAUAGCGAUGAUAUAUUUACAAAAUUUAAUCUCGAUGCAAAUCAACCUGAAGAGAGACCAUCUGAACAUAUUGAAAAAAUUAAAGAAGAUGCUCUAAAGUUAUCUGAAGGUAAGAGCAGUAUAAACCCAGGAGGAUCUGCCUUGAAUUCUUUAAGAAUUUUAUGUUUGCUUUUACAACCUGAUUACCGAGUGAUGCACUGCGGUUCAAUUGGGGAUGAUUCGAAUGGUAAAACUCUCUUAAAUUUACUGACACCCUCAUGUGUCGAUACAAGGUACGAAGUCAUUCCAGAUCAAUCAACUGCAAAUUGUUUAUGUUUAACGCACGAAGACUCUUCUUGUUUAAUAGCUGAUAUCGGUGCAGCAAUGCAUUAUAAAAUAGAUUUUGUAACUAAAUCUUUGAUGCAAGACGUACUUAAUACUAGUUUUAUAUAUGUAGAAGGAUUUUUUAUACCCAAUAGAUAUCAAAUAUGUGAAUAUCUAUUAAAAGAUAUAUGUGAAAAGAACGGCAUAGUGUUUAUAAUGAAUUUAAGUGGUACUUAUAUUUGCAAAAAUUAUCCGAAUGAAUGUAAAACGCUAGCAGAAUCUGCAGAUCUAGUCUUUGGAAACGCUGAGCAAUUUUUAGAAUUAGGCAAGGCUUAUAAUUUCAAUAACUUGGAUAGUGUUAUGGAGCAUUUGAUUAAAGUUUACAAGCCUCUAAAAAAGAAAUGCACUAGUUUCAAAAGUAAGAUAGUUAUAGCAACUGAUGCUUCAAAACCAGUUACCAUAUUUCACCAACAAGAUGAAAAGAUUUGCAAAAUGUCUGUUGAAAUCGAGAAAAUUCCAUCGGCGCUUAUAAAAGAUACAACAGGUGCAGGUGAUGCAUUCCUCGCUGGCUUCUUAUAUAAAUUCUUGCAGGACAAUACUUUACGAACUUGUUCAGAAUUUGGAAGUAGGGUAGCAGCCGACAUUAUUAAGAGGAUUGGAGUCAAUUUAACACCUCAAUUUCUACAAAUGAAUAAAUAAAUGAUGGUUUUGGAACAAUUU